GACGACAGUACCGAGCAAAAUCGUGUGCCAAAGGCCCGCCGUCAUAAAAAGAAGACAUCGCCUGCUCGGAAGAUCACUCACCUCCUAUUCGGCUAUCCAGUAGGACCCGACGAACCUCCGGAGGAGAUUCUACGGUAUACGUCGAGACCGAAACAUCUUCUUAUACGAUACUCGAUUCUCAGUCAACAUCUUCCUCUGAAAGUUACCACAACACCCUCUACACCAGAUGAGGAUGAAGGUCCACAAUUCAUGUAUCUGGAAGCUCCUCCAAUCGACUGUUACUGCGACGAGUCAUGCACUGCAUUGGGUGACUGCUGUUCGGAUUACACCUACGUGUGUCCACGUAGAGACUGUCGAGUGUCGGGAUGGGCUGAAUGGGAGCCAUGCGUACCUGACGAAGGCAGUUGUGGGACUGGUGUGGAACAACGAGUUCGGCAGGUCAUCGAUCCUCCUGUAAGAGGCGGAAAAGAGUGCCCAGCACUCAAGGAGAUGCGUACCUGCUUCAAACAGUGCACACAAAGACGAUCACUUGACGAUAUAACAACGGUCGCGCUACUCAUAGAUUAUCGAUUCAACGAUACUCGAUCGAAAAUGGCACGAGACAAUAUCUACUGGGAUCUUCCAUCAGUGCGCGAGAAGCUCAAACAAGCCACUUAUUACUGCGUGAAGUACCACAUUGGUUGGGUGAACAGGAAUUGCUGGCACAAACAGUUCAAAACACGACUGUACAGAGGCAACACGAUAUGUGCUGAAUGUCAACCAGAAGCCACAAUACACCGAAAUAAUUCAAGAUGCGCGUCCGACUUAGAAGACGGUGAGCAAGGUUUCUGGAAGCUGGUUGGUCCGAAGUCCUGUAAUGGAAUAUGGACACGAAUCUCAAGAACCGACAACUGUCACUGUUCCCAGGAUCAUCCUGAACUGGACCCUUUCUUAUUGGUC